AUGGAGUUUAAGAACAUAAUCUGCACAUCACUUGAUAAGGAGUUUUCGGACUUCGAAUAUUGCUUUUUGAAAUCGAAGAAAAGGACUUACAAACACGUAUACAAAAUAAAUACAAUUUGGAAAAGCUACCAGAACAAAAAAUUACAGGUUAAGCCCGCUGUUGAAUUCACAAAUAUAAUCUGUACAUCACUCGAUAAGACAUUUUCCGACUUUGAAUAUUGCUAUUUGAAAUCGAUAAACAGGACUUACAAAUACUUUUCCCUUAAAGUCAAUCUAUUCAAAGUUCCAAUCACAAGUGUUAAGAUUAAUUUAGCACUAUACAAACGAUUUAAUGGCUAUAAGCCCUUCCUCUACAAUGUAACUUUUGACGCCUGCAAAUUCCUUAUGAAUAGAAAGUCCCAACCAGUGUCUCUAUAUUUUUAUGAAUUUUUCAGCAGUGUAUCCAACAUGAACCACUCAUGUCCUUAUGAUCACGACCUUAUUAUGGAAAAGCUAACAACAGACAUUAUAAAUCAUCGAUUCACAAAAAUUCUUCCCUUUCCGGAUGGAGAUUACAUGAUUAAAAUGCACUGGUUUGCCUACGAUAUAAAUCGAGCAGUGUUCCAGAUAUAUUUCACAAAGAAAUGA